CCUUCAUAUAUUCUUUCUUACAUACAUCCAUCUGUUAUUUUAUUUGUCCACCUUUAAAGGUUUUCCUCUAAGGCUGUUUGCCAUAAAUUUAUUAAGAAUUUUUGUAUUAAUACUUAUAUGUAAAGUGCUUAAAAAAAAAAAAAAAAAAAGGCCAGCACUUUGGAAAUCUGAGUCAGGAGAAGUAAAUGAUUUUGGCAUGUCAAAUGUUAAGAAACCCUGUAAAGGAGAGACACAAAUACAGUAGUUCUAUUAACGCCUGGUGUACUGUCUAUAAACACAAAGAAAACUGUUGGGAUUCAAACCCUGACAGACAGCAGGUUUAAAUGUGGUUCAGAGGGAGGGGUGUUCAGCAGCAUCUCGUUCCUCCCCUUCCAUGUCUGUCCUGGAGGAAGUUUCACUUUUCUGCCCAGUGUUUUUGGAGAGACACGGCGGGCGGUUCGACCUACAACACAACAGGAUGGCUUCAGCUGUGAAUGUUGCUUUUUCGCUCUGUUUUUUUUCCACAUAAUAUACCAAAAAAAGCCAGUAUGGUGACGGGAGGUCCGUUAGUUUUUACCCGCUCCGUCCCAGUCAGCUGCUGAGCGGAGUGAGUUGAACCAAGGCGGGCUGCAUCAUGGCAAACGUUAAAGUUGCCAUUCGGGUCCGUCCUCUCAAUGCAAGGGAGACCGCCGAUGGAGGAAAGCUAGCUGUUCAAGUGGAGGGGAAAUUAGCGAGGAUCCAAAAUGUGAAGUUGGAUGGGCGUUCAGAGGGAGCUGUAGAUUCCAGGGAGAAGCUCCUGGAGUUCUGCUUUGACUACUGCUACUGGUCUGUGGACCCCGCAGACCCUCAUUACGCCUCGCAGGAGGAGGUAACGGCCUUACUCAAAAACAGCCUGUUAAUGGAAACUAUGGUUCCCCAAUGCCAAGCGAUGAAGCCAUCAUCCUGUGUUGCCUGAUAUUUAGCUUCAUCCACCUUCCAUUCAGUUCUGACCAGCUUCAAUGUUUCUUUCAAAGAAAGACACCCCCCGAGCAUGAUGUUGCCACCACCAUGUUUCACCAUGGGGAUGGUGUGUUUAAUGUGCAGUUUUAGUUUUCCCCAUGCAUAGUGUUUUGCAUGCUGGCGAAGAGUGUUUAAUGUUUGUCUUUCUGACCAGAUCGCCUUCUUAAACAUUUUUUCAGCUAACAAGACUGUAUCAUGCCUUCACCUUGCAACUUUUCCAUAAAGGCCAGAUUUUUUUUGGAAGUGAAAGACUAAUAGUUGCAUGAUUCUCCUACCUGAGCUGUGCAUCUCUGCAGCUUCUCAGAACUUACCAUGGGCCUAUUUAUCUGAUUCCAUGAUGUAAGAUUUCAAAAGCUUGCAAUAUGGGAGUGGUGGCCUAGUGGUUAGAACAGGAGGUUUGCAUUCUGGAGGGGACACAAGGGGCCAGGUUUGUAUCCCACAGAUUGCCACUCUGGGUCCCUGAGCAAGAC